AUGAGCGACUUGCAGCGUUCCUUUGCCAAAGCACACAUCUCGAAACCACCACCUAGACCAUUAUCAUUCAAUGAUGUCGAAGAAGAAGAUGACGACGAUCUCACCAACCUCCGGCCAACUUCACCGAACGACUCCUCCUCGUCAGCCUCAUCGGCUUCCUCCACAGGCACAAUUGUACCUUCGCCAAGCCAGAAUCUCUUUGAGCGACCCAAAGCAUCAACCAUAAAAUCCCGCUCCGCUCCCCUUCCCUGGCAAGACUACUUCGGCCAAGAACUCUUCUUCCCCAAUCCACACCAACCCGACCUCAUUCACCACGCCUAUCUCACUCCACCGUCCUCGAACGGCCCUCUAAUCGUCACUCACCACGGCGCCGGCUCCUCCGGCCUCUCCUUUGCCGCCUUCUUCGCCGAACUCACUAAAACCCUCCCUACCGCCGGCAUCCUCUCUCUCGAUGCCCGGGAUCAUGGCCUCACCACCACUCCAGACAACCUGCCUCUCGACCUCACUCUCCCGACACUCGCCGCCGACCUAGCCGCCUCAUCCUGA